GAUCUAUUCUAUGAUAUGUUUGAUGAUCCGAUGAUGAAGCAGAGCUUGGCGAGGUUCAUCGCAGCACCGCUGAAACCCAACGAGCUGUCGUUGGAGAAACGACUGUUCUACGUCAACAAAAUCAUUGUUGACAAACUGAUUCACGAGGACAAGGAAUAUACUGAAUGGCGAAUCAUUCCUCCUCCAGUAACAGUAGUAUUGCAAAAGAAAGGAAAGAAGAAAAAAGGUGGCAAAAAAGAUGCCGAUUCAACCGCUGAAGAGGGUGAACAAGAAGAACAGAAGAAAGGUAAAGGCAAAGGAGGGAAGGGUGGGAAAGGCGGCAAAGGUGCAAAAGUUAAAGACGUUGAACUUGAAGAACCUAGAGAGGAAGCAGAUGAAGAUGUAGAAACCGUAGCGGCAGCUGUAACCGAUGUCUCUGACGUAGAUGACACCAAGAAAACGUCAAUCAACCUGACGAUGGAGGAAGAACCGCCGGAAGACAUGUACACUUUUCCACCACCUCCUGAAGAUUUGGAUCCAGAAGUGGAUGGAACAUUGGAGUUUUACACUGUUGUUAGAUCAGUACCACGUAUAAUCCAAUACCCAAAACUGAUACCCGUGUUCGGUGCCUUCACGCCGCAAAAAACGCAUCGAAACCGUCGCUACUUCUACUUCAUCAGGCAAACUCAAGAUGAGAUACCUUUGCAUGAAACGGCCAAAAUAAUGAAAUUGAAAAUGCCAGAGUACGUCUUCGUCGGAUGUACGUCGGGAAAGGUUCUCAUGAGCUUGGCAUGGCAACUAAAAGAGACGUUCGUAUCACUGUUUGAGAAGCAAUUUCGUGAGAUAACAACAAUGCCCGCUGAUCCGUCCACCACAGUGAUAGCAAGACAGGUCUCCUACGCCGGGAAACAUCAUCAGAUGGACGACACGGCAUCUGAGAUAAAUUAUCUUCGUCCAUCUGACUACCGCCGCAUGUCAAACGUUGCAAGAGGAGAGAACGCAGAACGAAGGAUUAAGAAUAUGCGUACAGAGACCUACGUUCAAGCUGUGCCGAAAGUUGUUAAGCGAAACUCUCCUUUGUUAACGUCUGCCAACGACAUCGAAACACCCAUAUCUGAUACGAAAGUCGAGAAGAAAGCGGCUGCACAUGAAGUCAUUGAUGACAUCCAAAAUCUUGUUGGAAUCGUUGAAUGGACAAUAGAACACAUGGAAGGUGAGAUACAGCUCCCCAUGCCGACCAUACCAGCGUUAUUGGAGGAGCGAGAGGAGGACCACGUAGAGUUCGUUGACCCCGAGCUGACCUCACAACUUGAGGAGGCCGUCAUUAUGUGGCAGACGCAUAUCGAUGCUACGAUAUCUGCUUGUUUGAAUAAAACACGAGAAGGCAACGGUCCUAUUGCCGAAUACAAAUACUGGCGAGAGAGAGAUGCUGAGAUAUCUCUGCUGGUGGAACAGUUGAAGCAGCCGAUGGUAGUUAAAAUUCUCUCUAUCCUCGAAAGGCUGUCUUCAAGUCAUUAUGUCGGUUUUCAACAGUAUAAAGACACACUUAUGGAACAAUACAAUCUGGCUGGAGAUAACCUCAAAUUUUUGUCAACCUUGAUGCGGUUUUUCACCACACUAGAAGACGAUUCGCCCCUCCAACAAGUGAUCGACAUGCUGCCAGAACUCGUGGAAAGCAUUUACAUGAUGUGGGUCCUCUCCAAAGGGUAUCGCACGGAUGAGACAAUGAUCCCACUGUUGGGACGAAUAUCGUGGGCCUUGUGCGACAAACUGGAGAGAUUCCUUAACGUACACAAGCUUUUUGAUAAGUCAAACGAGGAAAUUCUCUUACUGGCGCGCUCAGGGCAGAAGAUAAUGGAAAUGUGGCACACUCUGUACAAGGAGACGAGACGUAACAUCGAGAUCAGCGGCAAGGGUGCGCGCUGGGAGUUCGACCAACCCCUUCUGUUCACGCGCACUGAUUACAUUGGCACUGUUGGCAGGGACUUAGGGGAUAUUGUGCAGGUACUCAUCGAUUUCGAAAGAAUUUUUGGAAACGAGCUGAAGUCAAUCAUAAGUGAUCCAACUCAAAUCGACGAUGUCCGUAAACGUGUCAAGAAGCUCGUGUUUCCGAUACGCACGAUCGACUUUAGCGUAUUCGUAUUCGACAACAAAGAGAACUGGGAUGUCAUUAUGGGGGACUUUUGGACUGAAGUCAGGUAUUUGGAAGAGGAGGCGAAGAACUAUAUCAACACAUGCUUUAGUAAUUUACGAUCAUCAACAGAGGCAUUGGACGUUUUGCUAAAGUUUAUGGAGUUUGACAUAAGAGAAUCGAUCAAAAAACAACUGUCAACUAAGUUCGAUCUCGUUAUGAGACAGUUUAUCAAGGAGAUCACUGCUAUCGAGGACAAAUUCACACGCUAUCGCAAAAAUCCACCUUUACUUCGGUACCAUUCUCCUGUAGCCGGUGCUAUCUAUUGGGCUAGAGCACUCUUCAAUAAGAUGAAGCAGCCAAUUAUGAAAUUUCAGAAAGUACCCGAACUAAAUGACUGUGAGCAAAAAAAGGCGGCGUUCUUGCAGUAUAAGGCUUUCUCGAAAGUUAUUAAAGAAUUUGAGGAAGCAAAAUACAAGGAGUGGGUUAAAGAAGCGUCAGAUUUUGUAGAUGAUAGGAUGAAGAGAAAUAUUCUGCAUGUUGUGUUCAUAAAAGAAGAAGACGCAGCACCAACAAAAGGGCGUGGAAUGCAAUUAACUGCGGCUGGGCGCGCUCACGUUGCCAAGAAAAAAGCCUCCAACACAUCCAUUAGACCUGUUGACGUUGUGAACAAAGAAAUAGCACAGAAACGACGAAGGGACAAAGCUUUAAUGCUUAUGAGAAUCCCUGGACAACACUAUGAGAAUGUUAAAUCACCAAGCUCCGUAUCACUUUUGGCAAAGGAAGGACUGACUGAUGUGACAUGGCGUGAUAUGACAGUUCACAAACUGAUGCAAGAAUACGAACUAGAGUUUCAGCCGAACUUUGACAAACACAUAUUUCACGUUAUACAUGAAGCUGAGCUUCUAGAGAAAUUAGGAUUUGACCUGCCACCCAAUAUUAGAGAUGUAUCAAUGCAAAAGUCACGUCUCUAUUACGAAUUGGAGUCACUAUCAAGCGUCAUAGCUAAAUACAAUGCAAGUUCUACGUCCCUGAGUCCCUCUGAGACUCACCUCAUGAAGAAACAUCUCCUUGACAUGGAGAGGCAUAUACUGCCGGGUUUGACCAGAAUUACAUGGACUGCUUUAGGGAUUAACGAAUAUAUCAAGGACAUCACAAAAGGUGAAAACUCUCUGAAGGCCGUUUACCAGCAAUUGAAAAUGGUUGAAAAAGAAGUCAAGUUUUUACUUGAUCAGAUGGAGUUGUUCGACUUGUUCCCACUAUUGAAGCCGAAGGAUUACGUUGAUCCUAUAACUGGACUGAAAGAUGAUACUUGGCUUUAUCCGUGCAAGACUUUCUUCGUGGAAGUCGAAAACGAACGUCUCGAGAGGGUCGCGAUGCUGUCCCGCCUGUACGAUCGCAUCGGACCCAACCUGAUGAAGCUGGAGUACUUGAUCCUGGGCACCAGCACUGGCCGCACGGCUGUCAUGUCGUCGUACUACACCUUCUGGGAGAAGAAGAUCUUCAAGUGUCUUGUUACAUUCACUCUGGAAAAUCUACAAUCAUUUCAAACAAUACUAAGCGAAAAAACUCCUCUAUUCCAAGUGGACGUAGUUUUGGCACCGCCAGAUAUCGCCAUGCGACCCACGGCGGGUGAAGUUUGCAACAUCCUUGGAUAUAACAUCAAACAUUUUCUCAAUAGGUUGACAAUUUUUACACGGUGGAUGAAGAAGACGUGUCUUCCAUGUCCACCACAGAAGAUCGCAGAAGCUACGGGAAAUGAGUUUUACGUUUUUUCAUAUUUUGAGGACAUUCUGCGAGUUGUGUCCAUCAAUGACGUCACGCUACUAAUACAGGACACUAUUUAUCGACUCACCCAGGAUAUCAAUGUCUACAUUCAAAAAUGGCAGAAAUAUCAGCACCUAUGGGCCUUCGACAAACACCUUUCGUGUGAGAAAUACAUUCAGAAACACGAACAAAUACAGAAAUACGAUGAAAAGUUUUUCUUCUUCGAGGACAUAAUAGCAGAUUUAGACAACCACGUCAAAUUUGUCGACGUUGGUGCCAUAAGGGUGAACUUGCGGCCCAUAAUACAACAAAUACAAGGUCAUGCGCAAGAGUGGAAAACUAUACUUGGUCAAUCCAUCGCUUCAAAGACUAGGAUGAAUAUGUAUGAUUUGAAAAACCAAAUUGAGUCUCUUCGUACAACGAUGAACAUGAACAUCAAAGGUCUGGAGGACUUCAAAUUGGUGAUGGCGACGAUCUCCCUGGUACAACAGCUUACCAUCACAGCCGAGGUUAAGUUUAAGAACAUGCAAGAAAUCUUCCAUAUGUUGAGACAACAUGGUAUUGAUGUGUCAGAUGAUGACUUAUUAUUUGCUAAAAAAUUGGAAAGUUCCUGGGGCAGUUUGUAUCACACGUCACUGUUCCGUGCGAAAACAUUGGAGCAAACUAAAGAGAAGUUCUCAAAGAUGAACGUGAUUGAAAUAUCCAAGUUCCUGAAAGAGUUGGAUGACUUUGUAGAGAAGUUUGACAAAGAGGGACCUAGCACAGUCGGGGAAGACAUGGACAGGGGACUACUGCUUAUGGAGGAAUAUACUAAAUACUUCGACGAACUAGAAUCUAGGAAGAGGGCGUUGCAACAAGCUGAGCAGCUCUUCGACAAUCCCCUCGCUGACUUCUCCACCUUCAACCGAGCCAAGACCGACUUCAAUGCGAUGGAACAAAUCUACAAAAUAUACAAGGCGCAAAAGAGUGCGAGGGAACUGUGGGCUAAGACUUUGUGGGUCAAUUUGAACCCACAGGCAUUGGUUGAUGGCAUCGAGCAGUUCUUCAAGGAAUAUAGGAAGCUAGCGAAACCAAUCCGCCUCAGUCCCACCGGUGUGACACUAGACACUAAAAUGAAACAGUUCAAAAACGUGGUCCCACUGAUGGUGUCCCUCAAAAACGAGGCAAUGCGCGAACGGCACUGGAAGGAAUUGAUGGCAAAAACAGGUCAAGAUUUUGAUAUGUCGCCGGAAAGAUUUACACUGGAAAAUAUGUUUGCUAUGGAAUUGCACAAAUAUCAAGACGUUGCGGAAGAAAUAGUAAACCAUGCUAUAAAGGAACUGGCAAUUGAACGUGGCGUAAGGGACGUCCAGGAGACGUGGGCUAACAUCGCGUUCACUGUGACCAAGCAUUUCAACCGCGGUGAGGACAGAGGAUACACACUCAACCCAUGCGACGAGAUCACAGUGAAAGUGGAUGACGAUGCAAUGGCACUGCAAAGUAUGGCAGCAUCACAGUUCAUAGGACCAUUUUUGACGGUAGUUCAAACGUGGGAGAGGCGCUUAUCUCUGAUUUCCGAAGUAAUUGAGGAAUGGUUAGCAACGCAGAGGAAAUGGCUUUAUUUGGAAGGGAUUUUCGUAGGAGGUGAUAUUCGGACGCAAUUGCCUGAAGAGGCUAAAAAGUUUGAUGAUAUUGACAAAGCAUUCAGGAAGAUAAUGCUGGAUACUGCAAAGAGACUAAACGUAGUUGAUUGCUGCACAAUUAGCGGAAGACUGGAAGAAUUCAUCAACUUGGGAUUAGGUCUUCAGAAAUGUCAAAAAUCACUCAACGAUUAUUUGGAUUCCAAAAGACGGAUCUUUCCGAGAUUUUUCUUCAUUUCCACCGACGAGCUGUUGUCUAUUCUCGGAAGUAGUGAAUGCAGUUGUGUACAAGAGCAUAUGAUCAAGAUGUUUGACAAUAUUCGUGCUCUGGAUUUGUACGUGGAUCACACGAAUCGCCCGGUUGCCGCUAAAAUGAUAUCUGCUGAAGGCGAGAUAAUGGACUUUCGUUACGUGGUUUACACUGAAGGGAGGGUCGAAGACUGGAUGAAUUUAGUUUUGAUCGAAAUGCGCAACACCAAUAAGUUUAUUACCAAGAAAGCUAUCUUCUAUUACGGCAAAAACUGGAGGACUCCCAGAACGGACUGGAUAAUGGAAUAUCAAGGAAUGGUGUGUCUGGCUGCCAACGGUGUGUGGUGGACUGCUGAGACGGAGGAAACAUUCAUAAGAAUCAGAAAUGGUAACAAACGAGCAAUGAAAGAACAUUUACAACAACAGAAUGAGCAGCUAGAUGGACUUGUGGUGAAAGUAAGGCAAGAUUUAACCUCCAACGAUCGACUCAAGUUCCGAACUAUCACAACAAUAGAUGUCCACGCUCGUGAUAUCAUUGAAGGAUUUGUUCGCGACAAUGUUACCGAAGCCGCCGAGUUUGAGUGGGAGAGCCAACUUAGAUUUUAUUGGCAGAAAAAAGAUGACAACCUUUGGAUUAAGCAGUGUACAGGGUUGUUCGAAUACGGAUACGAGUACAUGGGCUUGAACGGCCGCCUCGUGAUCACGCCGCUAACUGAUCGUAUCUAUCUAACCAUUACUCAAGCGCUUACUAUGCAACUCGGCGGCGCUCCCGCUGGACCUGCAGGAACUGGCAAGACGGAAACAACAAAGGACCUAGCUAAAGCCCUAGGUUUGCUGUGUGUGGUGACGAACUGUGGCGAGGGCAUGGACUUUAGAGCCGUCGGCCAAAUUUUAGCCGGCUUGUGCCAGUGCGGUGCUUGGGGAUGUUUCGAUGAAUUCAAUCGUAUCGAUAUCUCAGUAUUGUCUGUGAUAUCGACUCAGUUGCAAUGUAUACGGAGCGCUUUGCUUAUGAAAUUGAAACGGUUUACGUUUGAAGGUCAAGAGAUCGCAAUGGAUAGUAAAGUGGGCAUCUUCAUCACUAUGAAUCCAGGUUACGCGGGUAGGACGGAGUUGCCCGAGUCAGUGAAGGCACUGUUUCGUCCAGUCGUGUGCAUUCUGCCUGACUUGGAAAUGAUUUGUCAGAUAUCACUGUUCUCUGAUGGGUUUCUGACUGCUAAAGUAUUAGCUAAGAAAAUGACAGUCCUAUACAAAGUGGCUCGCGAACAACUGUCAAAACAAUCUCACUACGAUUGGGGUCUGCGAGCAUUGACUGCUGUGUUGAGAAUGGCGGGGAAACUACGACGAGAUUCUCCGGGGCUCAGUGAGAUUAUGGUGCUUAUGAGGGCUUUGAGGGACAUGAACCACCCAAAAUUUGUAUUUGAAGACGUGCCACUAUUCCUGGGCCUCAUUAAGGAUCUGUUCCCUGGUCUGGAAUGUCCGCGAGUUGGCUAUCCCGAUUUUAAUGCGGCUGUUAUAGAUGUUUUGGAAAAGGAUUCGUAUAUUGUACUUGCUCACCAGGUGGAUAAAAUUGUGCAAAUGUACGAGACCAUGAUGACGAGACAUUGCACGAUGCUGGUCGGGCCAACGGGGGGUGGGAAAACAGUCAUCAGCCAGACUCUGGUGAAGGCGCAAACUAAUCUUGGCCUGCCCACCAAAGUCACUAUCGUUAAUCCAAAGGCGUGCUCGGUAAUUGAGUUGUAUGGCAUUCUGGAUCCCGUUACCCGAGAUUGGACUGACGGGCUCUAUUCCAAAAUAUUCCGGGAAAUGAACAGACCCGCAGAGAAAGAAGAGCGUCGAUACUCCAUAUUCGAUGGUGACGUCGACGCACUUUGGAUUGAAAACAUGAACUCUGUGAUGGAUGACAACAAGCUGUUGACUCUUGCCAACGGGGAGCGGAUCCGACUGGCUCCAUACUGUGCCUUGUUGUUCGAAGUUGGCGAUCUGAACUACGCGUCACCAGCUACUGUCUCCAGAGCCGGCAUGGUGUUUGUGGAUCCGAAGAAUCUUGGAUACCAACCCUAUUGGGACAGAUGGCUCCGGUGUCGCAGCAAUGAAGAAGAGCGCGAGCAGUUGGGCGGGUUGUUUGAACACUACGUGCCAGGCGCCAUCAACUACAUCGUGUUCGGGCUGUUCGGACUGCAGCAGCAGACGCCGCUCAAGACCAUCGUGCCGCAGACACCACUCAACUUGGUAAUGCAGUUGUGCUAUAUGAUCAGCGGACUUCUGCCCAACAGGGAGGACAGUAACGAAGAAAUUGAUAAAACAGUGGUCGAAUGUGUAUUCAUGAUUUCAAUGUACAACAGCCUAGGAGCCGCCAUUAUCGACGACGGAAGGUUCGACUUCGACAAUUAUGUAAAGAAGGCUUGCCCAAUGAUGCUGGUUGAGGACUCGCCGGAGAAGAAGGCGACGACCAAGCACUUCCCCAUGGGCUUCCCAUCUCUGUACGACUACUGCCUGGAGCUGUCGACGAAGACCUGGGAGGCGUGGCAGUGGCUCAUCCCGGAGUACAUCCACGACAGGGAGGCGAAGUUCUCCGCUAUCCUGGUGCCGACUGUGGACACGCUCAAACUGACGUGGCUUAUUAGAAUCAUGGAAAGUGUUGAGAGACCUGUCCUAUUGGUGGGCGAGACUGGUACCUCCAAAACUGCAAUCAUCAACAAUUAUUUACGUGGUCUACCGCCGGAAAAAUACUUAAUUCAACAAAUGAACUUUUCAUCCCGGACGUCCUCUAUGGACGUGCAGCGUAACUUGGAGUCUGUGGUAGAGAAAAGAACCAAAGACGUGUUCGGGCCGCCUGUCGGGAAGAAAAUGCUCGUUUUUAUCGACGACAUGAAUAUGCCUAUAGUGGACACAUACGGCACUCAACAGCCGAUCGCACUGCUCAAGUUGCUGUUUGAAAGGAAAGGGUUCUACGAUCGGGGGAAGGAUCUCAACUGGAAAAACCUGAAGGACAUUGGGUUCUUGGCUGCCAUGGGCAAGGCUGGUGGUGGAAGAAACGAUGUGGAUCCAAGGUUCAUAUCCAUGUUCUCCGUGUUCAACCUGCAGUUCCCAUCGGAGUCGACGCUGAAUCAUAUCUACAACUCCAUUCUGAGAGGCCACUUCUCUAUAUUCCCCGAUGAAAUACAGGACAUCGUUGACAAAAUUGUACAGAUGACUUUGGACUUGUAUAAGAUCAUCGUCGUGGAACUGCCACCAACUCCUGCAAAGUUCCACUACAUCUUCAACCUCCGCGACCUGUCGCGAGUAGCGGCUGGAAUGUGUCUCACUCACCCCAACUACUUCAGCGAGAGACGCUGCGUGGUGCGGUGUUGGAGGAACGAGUUCACGCGCGUCAUUUGCGACAGACUUAUUAACGUAUCGGACAACGAACUGAUGCGGGUUCAUAUACAUGAACACAUUGUCAAAUAUUUCCCCGAAGCUGAGCCAGUGGUCCUAGAGGAAAUUGUAGUCCCUGAAGAGGAAGAAAAGGUUGAAGAGGAAGAGGACGAAUUUGCGAUUACUGAGAAAAAGCCUACAAAACAAGCCCCUAUAGAAGAACAAGAAAUAGAAAUAGAAGAUGAGGAGGUGGAACAGGAACGUGAACUAACGCUAGAAGAAUAUGUUCUUCGCGAUCCUCUUCUGUUUGGUGACUAUCGCAAUGCUCUUGAUGAGGAGGAGAUAAGAUACUACGAAGACUUGCUAGACUACGAAGCAGUUUACUUCCUAUUCCAAGAGAUACUAGACGAGUUCAACGAGCGCUGCGGCAAGAUGUCGGUGGUACUCUUCGAAGACUGCCUCGAACACUUGACUCGCACGCAGCGCAUCCUGCGCAUGGACCGGGGCAACGCUAUGAUCAUCGGCGUCGGCGGUUCGGGGAAGAAGUCCAUCUGCCGCCUUGCUGCAUUUGCUGCUGGUUAUGAGGUAUUCGAAAUAACAGUGACACGCAACUACAACGAAAACACAUUCAAGGAUGAUAUGAAGAAGCUGUACAAUCAGCUCGGCGUCGAGGGAAAGCCGUCAGUUUUCUUGUUCACUGCUGCACAGAUCUUAGAGGAAGGGUUCCUGGAGUUCAUCAACAACAUACUGAUGAUAGGUAUGAUACCCGCGUUGUUCGGUGAUGAUGAGAAGGACGCCAUCAUUAAUUCCAUGAGAAACGAGAGCGCAGCCGCUGGAUACGGGAUUGGAAAGGAUGCAGUGUGGCACUACUUUUGCACCAAAUGUGCUGACAAUCUGCACGUGGUGCUAUCUAUGUCACCCAGUGGCGACAUAUUGAGAAAUAGAUGCCGCAGUUUUCCCGGUUUGGUCAAUAAUACGACGAUUGACUGGCAGUUUCCGUGGCCGAAGCAAGCUUUACUUGCUGUAGCAAACGUAUUUCUGGCAGACGUACAAAAAAUACCUGACGAGUUCCGCUCCAUCAUAGUGGAACACGUGGUGCACGUGCACAUGUCUGUGGCGCAUUACUCGACCGAGUUCCUGCUGCGUUUGCGCCGCAACAACUACGUCACGCCAAAGCACUACAUGGACUAUCUUACCAACUAUAUUGCGUUGCUCAACGAAAAGGAUGCGUUUAUUGUAGCACAGUGUGAGCGUUUGAUUGGCGGGUUAGCAAAGAUUGAAGAAGCCAAUGUCCAAUUGGAAGAUCUAAAUGCCAAGUUGGCUGUACAAAAAGUGAUUGUUGCUGAACAAACGAAAGAAUGCGAAAUACUGCUUAAAGAAAUUUCUACAGCUACGGAAGCAGCAGUUGCCAAGCAAACCGUUGCAGCAAUAAAAAGUGUAGAAAUAACAGAGCAAAGCAAAGUAAUAGCAGUAGAAAAGGGAGAGGCGGAGGAAGCCUUGUCUGCAGCAUUGCCAGCACUCGAAGCUGCUAGACUUGCUCUGGCUGAUUUAGAUAAGAAUGAUAUUACAGAAAUUAGAUCUUUUGCUACACCACCUGAAGCUGUACAGGUGGUUUGUGAAUGUGUUGUAAUUAUUCGAGGAAUAAAAGACGUCAGUUGGAAAGGCGCUAAAGGAAUGAUGGCGGAUCCGAAUUUUUUGCGAAACUUGCAGGAAAUGAAUUGUGACCUUAUAACACAGGCACAGGUGAAAGCAGUAAAAGCACACAUGAAGAAAAGCAAGAAACUUGAAACCAUGCAGCAAAUUAGUAAAGCUGGAUACGGUCUUUUGAAAUUUGUGACCGCUGUACUAGGCUAUUGUGCAGUGUACAGAGAAGUAAAACCGAAAAAGGAUAAAGUGGAGGCGCUAGAAAAAGAGUACACUGAAGCAUGCAACUAUUUAGAAUCACUCAAUAGAGAAAUCAAUCGCUUACAAAAAACUUUAGAUGGACUCAAUAAUAGAUAUGACACUGCGAUGUUAAGAAGACAGGAACUACAAGAAGAGACUGAUAUUAUGAUGAGGAGAUUAGUAGCGGCAGACAAACUCAUGUCUGGCUUGUCAAGUGAACAGAAACGAUGGACAAUUGAUUUAGCCGCGUUAUACGUCGAACAGUCUCGUCUUAUUGGGAAUUGUUUAUUAUCAGCUUCAUUUCUGAGUUACACUGGUCCAUUUUCGUUUUCAUUUCGUCAAACGAUGUUGUAUGAAGAUUGGAUGGGAGAUGUCCUUGAAAAGGGAAUACCUCUUACUACACCGUAUACAGUUGAAAAAAAUUUGACUAAUGAAGUUGAAAUUAGUGGUUGGAACUCAGAAGGUUUACCACCCGAUGAGCUCUCAGUGCAAAAUGGAAUUCUCACUGUAAGGGCAUCUCGUUUUCCGCUUUGCAUUGACCCUCAAACGCAAGCACUGAACUGGAUCAAAAAGAAAGAAGCAAAGAACAAUCUCAAGGUUUUAUCAUUCAACGAUCCGCAAUUUCUACGACAUUUGGAAAUGGCUAUUAAAUAUGGAAUGCCGGUUUUGUUUCAAGACGUUAAUGAGUACAUUGAUCCAGUUGUGGAUAACGUUUUGGAGAAAAAUAUUAAAGUUGAAAGCGGCCGAACAUUUGUCAUGUUGGGUAGUAAUGAAGUAGACUACGAUCCACAUUUUCGAAUGUACCUGACUACAAAACUCGCCAAUCCACAAUUCAAUCCAGCAGCAUACGCCAAGGCUGUUGUUAUAAACUAUACCGUCACCGUACAGGGUUUGGAAGAUCAGCUUCUCAGUGUUGUGGUGCGCGCGGAACGAUCUGAUCUAGAAGAACAGCGUGAGAGUCUCAUCAUCGAGACAAGUGCUAACAAGAGUCUUCUAUCAGGAUUAGAAGAUUCCUUACUCAGAGAAUUAGCUACAUCUACGGGCAAUAUGCUGGAUAAUGUAGAACUAGUCAAUACCUUGGAAAACACGAAAUCAAAAGCAGCUGAAGUUAUGGAAAAGCUCGAGCUAGCAGAAGCUACAACUAAAGACAUAGAAAUUCUUCGAGAUGGUUACCGACCCGUUGCUAAACGCGGUUCAAUUUUGUUCUUUGUUUUAUCGGACAUGGCAAGCGUGAAUUCUAUGUACCAGUAUUCACUGUCUUCGUAUCUAGACGUGUUCUCAUUUUCAUUGCGUAAAGCUAUGCCAAAUGUAAUCCUGACGAAACGUUUGAGAAAUAUAAUUGACAUGCUCACCAAAAACGUCUACGAUUACGGAUGUACAGGUAUAUUCGAGAGGCACAAAUUGUUGUUCUCAUUCCAAAUGGACAUAAAGCUCGAGCAAAGCGAAGGCAACGUGAGUCAAAUGCAACUAGACUUCUUCAUCAAGGGCAACAUCUCGUUGGAGAAAGCUGCAAGGGUUUGUCCCGCCCCGUGGCUACCAGCACAGGGUUGGCAAGACAUCGUAAAAUUGUGCAACGACUUCCCAACCUCCUUCGCUGAUUUAGCCGAUAAUAUCGGUAGAAAUCUGGAUGCUUGGCAAGAGUGGUUUGAUAGCGACACUCCGGAAUCAGCUGAAAUUCCGAACGGGUAUCGUGAGAAAAUAAAGCCUUUCGAAGUGCUGAUGCUGCUUCGAUGUUUCCGCGUGGAUCGCAUUUACCGAGCCUUGACAGACUAUAUCACAGUCACUAUGGGAGAGGAUUACAUUACGCCGCCUGUGAUCAGCCUUGAAAUGAUAUACGAACAAACCACGCCAUACACUCCCGUGGUAUUCAUUCUAAGUCCAGGGUCUGAUCCCACCGCUGAUCUUAUGAAGCUGGCUGACAAAUGUGGAUUUGGUGGUGGCAAAUUUAAAUAUCUGUCUCUUGGUCAAGGGCAAGAAGGGGCUGCACUCGCUUUGUUAGAAGGCGCAAUCUCUCACGGACAAUGGUUAAUUUUGCAAAAUUGUCACCUGUUAGUAUCAUUUUUGCGUGAACUGGAGAAACAACUUGAGCUGAUGGAAAAGCCUCAUCCAGAAUAUCGGCUUUGGCUGACGACAGAUCCGACGCCUACUUUCCCUAUUGGCAUACUUCAGAGAUCUCUCAAGGUGGUAACAGAACCGCCGAACGGCUUGAAACUCAACCUACGGAACACAUAUUUCAAAAUGCGAGCCCAUGCCCUCGACGAGUGCAUUCAUCCACAAUUUAAAAAGCUAGUUUACGUGCUAGCAUUUUUCCACGCUGUAGUACAGGAAAGACGCAAAUAUGACAAGAUCGGCUGGAAUAUAUCCUACGACUUCAGCGAGUCUGAUUUUGUCGUAUGCAUGCAAAUCCUACAAUGCUACCUCGAUAGGUGCUACUCAGCAAAGGGUCCUGUGCCUUGGUCUACACUCAAAUACUUGUUUGGCGAAGUCAUGUACGGCGGACGGGUUAUAGACGAUUUCGACAGGCGUGUUGUGAAGACCUACAUGGACGAAUACUUGGGCGAGUUCCUGUUUGACAAAUUCCAGCCGUUCCACUUCUACAAAGACUCCACGUUCGAUUACGUCAUACCACCCGACGGUGAACGUGAAGAAUAUAUUGAGUUCAUCGAUAUAUUACCAUUGGCUAAUACACCCGAGGUGUUUGGAUUGCACCCAAAUGCCGAGAUCGGAUACUUCAGUCAGGCCGUGCGAGAAAUGUGGGGGCAUCUCAUUGAACUACAACCUCAAACGAGCGAAGGCGGUGGUGCGAUGAGUCGCGAGGACUUCAUAGACAUGAUCGCAGUGGACAUCAUGUCGAAGCUGCCACCGCUGUACGAAGUGUGGCGUGUGCGGAAACAGUUCGAGAUGAGCAUUACUCCUAGCGUGGUUGUACUGCUGCAAGAACUUGAGAGAUUCAACCGCCUCGUAAGCAAGCUACGAGUGACGCUCUCCCAACUACGCAAGGCGUUGGCCGGUGAGAUCGGCAUGGACGCGGUAUUGGACAACGUCGCCUACAGCCUGUUCAACGGACAGCUGCCAAAUGUGUGGCGCAGUCUAGCGCCCGCCACGUGCAAGGGGCUAGGAGGAUGGAUCGAUCAUUUCAUGGCGAGGACAAAGCAAUAUACAGACUGGGCAACGAUUGAGGAGCCGGUGGUGAUUUGGCUAUCAGGCCUCCAUAUACCGGAGUCGUACCUCAUCGCGCAUAUUCAGAUGGCCUGCCGUCUCUACACGUGGCCACUGGAUCGCUCUACGCAGUUCACGCGCGUCACCAAGUUUACAACGCCGGAUGAUAUCGAAGAGAGACCUGUUACAGGCUGUUAUGUCCGCGGAUUAUAUUUGGAAGGGGCCCGCUGGGAUGUGGACGAUGGCUGCCUCAGAAAAUCGCAUCCUAAAGUGCUUAUAACGGAGUUGCCUAUUAUGUACAUCAUACCCAUUGAAGCCCACAAGCUCAAAUUACAGAACACCUUGCGUACGCCAGUGUACACGACAUCGACACGUAGGAACGCCAUGGGUGUCGGUUUGGUGUUCGAAUCAGAUCUGUGGACCGCAGAACACUGCAGCCACUGGGUCUUGCAAGGAGUCUGUCUUGUUAUGAAUACAGACUAGACCAGUAUUUGAUUAACGGAAGUGAAUUUAGCUAACCUAGAAGCUAGGGUUGCUUCUAUUUUUUUUUUUCUUUUUAAAAAUGUUAGUUUUAAGUUUCUUAAUACAAUAAAUAAUUGACUGAAUAGGUUACUUGAAUGUUAUUAUUUUUCAAGCACCAAAGAAUGACCUCCAAAUCCUUUCUGUAAUGAUAUGACCCUACUAAGCUGCUCUAAUGCAAGCUAAAUG